UACAUGAAAGAGCUCACAGCCACCAGCAUCCGGUUAUUAGCGGCUUGUCAGGGCGAGUGACAGCGUCCUGGUUUAACGUCUUUUCGCGGACCGAAACCAGUUGAAAGAAAGACGGAUUUUAUGCUUCAGGAGCCGUAUUUUGUUCGAAAUGGACUCUUUAAAUCGUGGCUAAUUUCGGCUAGCUAAAAACCCAACAAAUCUAUCUAAAGGCAACAUCUGGAUGAAAACAACCAGGACCGACCUGUCAUCCUUUGGGGAGCGUUAACUGGCGCGACGAAAGGCUGUUAAUGACAGUUUUCCAGCUGUAUAUUUGUGUUUUUACUUAUCAAGCGAUCCUUUUUUAUUAUUAUUAUUAUUUAUAAAUCGGUCUAAAUUUGUUUUUAUGACGUUUAACUUCGAGAAGGACGUGUUGUUUUUGGUGUUGUCUCAGCCAGACAGAUUUUUUAAUACACCACGAACAUAUAAAAGUAGUUAAUAAAUCACUGGAGUGUAUUUUCCUGAGAUUAGUUUCCUUCAGUGCUGGAUUGUAGUUGAACAAAACAUUUUUUAAAAAAAACAAACAAAAAAAAGUCAGGUAAAGGUGUUCAUUUGUUUCCUGCUGAGCUGCACCUGGUUUAAAGCAAACCUCCAGGUGUAUCCAUGUUCAGUUUAGUUGUAGAUGUGAGCUGUGUAGUUUUGGUCACGGUGUAGUUUGUGGGUAGUUUGUGAGGAACAAUAACCAUGCCGGGGUAUCAGGCGUGUUACGCUGGGUCCGGGUGUCGCCGCAGGUGACGGAGGCAGGCAGGUGUGCUGAAUCUCACAGGAUAAGGGUUUAGGUUAAACAAGAUCGUGUUGACUUUUUCGAUCGUCUGAUCCGAUUGAGUUCGUUUGAGUAAAUAUUCCCGAGCAGAAGAAAAGGCCAAGAGGAAGGACGUACGUAGCAGAACUCGUGGAACACUGACGGGUGAAGGUUUUGAGAAUUAGUGGCGUUGUUAUUUUUUAUUUACGGUGCUAAAACAUUCGUAAGAGUGCCGAGUGAGCAGUCAUGAGUCCGAACUUGCCGUCGUGACCCGCCGUAGUGUAUUAACGUAAGUAAUAAAGGACUUUGGACGCCUCGUCGGGCGAUGAUGUCACCCGUUUUCGUGCUGCUGCUGCUGCUCGGGUUCUCCGUCCGGUUCUCGGAAAGCAUGAGCAGAGAGGAGAGGCAGAAGCUGAGAAAUCAAGUGCUGGAGAUGUUCGACCACGCUUAUCAGAACUACAUGGACCACGCCUACCCUGCAGAUGAGCUGAUGCCUUUGACGUGUCGAGGUCGAGUACGAGGUCUGGAGCCCAGCCGAGGGGAUGUGGACGAUGCCCUGGGAAUGUUUUCUCUGACCCUCAUCGACACGCUGGACACUCUCGCGCUGUUGAAUAAGAGCAAGGAGUUUGAGGAAGCGGUGAAGCGGGUGGUGAAGGACGUCCGACUGGACAAUGACAUCGUCGUGUCUGUGUUCGAGACCAACAUCCGAGUGCUGGGAGGGCUGCUGGGAGGUCACUCCAUGGCGGUGAUGCUGAAAGAGAGAGGACAGAGCAUGCAGUGGUAUCAGGACGAGCUCCUGCACAUGGCUAAAGACCUGGGACUGAGACUCCUGCCUGCCUUUAACACCAGCAGCGGCCUGCCUUACCCCCGAAUCAACCUGCGUCACGGGGUCCAGGGUCCUGACACUCGGACAGGCACUGAGACGGACACCUGCACCGCCUGCGCAGGCACCAUCAUCCUGGAGUUCGCCGCGCUGAGCCGCUUCACCGGAGACCCCACGUUCGAGGCCCAUGCUCGGAGAGCCCUGGACUUCCUGUGGGAAAAGAGACAGAGAAACAGCAACCUAGUGGGAACAACCAUCAACAUCCACUCGGGGGAGUGGGUGCGCAGAGACAGCGGCGUAGGAGCGGGGAUCGACUCGUAUUACGAGUACCUGCUGAAGGCUUACGUUCUGCUGGGGGACGACCAGUUACUUCAGCGCUUUAACAUACACUACGCGUCUAUAAUGAAGUACAUCAGCCAGCCUCCCCUGCUGCUAGACGUACACAUCCACAAACCCCUGCUGCCCGCACGCACCUGGAUGGACUCCCUGCUCGCGUUUUUCCCCGGCCUGCAGGUGCUAAAAGGAGACAUCCGUCCGGCUAUAGAAACCCACGAAAUGCUGUAUCAGGUCACCAAGAAACACAACUUCCUACCUGAGGCCUUCACUACAGAUUUCAGGGUUCACUGGGCGCAGCAUCCACUCCGCCCCGAGUUUGCAGAGAGCACCUACUUCCUUUACAAGGCCACCAAGGACCCGUAUUACCUGGAGGUGGGACGCACCAUUCUGGAAAACCUGAACCGCUUCGCUCGUGUCCCCUGUGGCUUCGCAGCCAUGAAGGACGUGAGGACGGGAAGCCACGAGGACCGCAUGGACUCGUUUUUCCUGGCCGAGAUGUUUAAAUAUCUGUUCCUGCUGUUCGCCGAGGAGGAGGAUUUACCCUUCGACGUGGAGGACUACAUCUUCACUACCGAGGCUCACCUGCUCCCCUUGUCGCUCUCGAUCGCUCCUCGCUCUCACCCGCCCCCUGCAGGCAACGCCACGGAACUGCACGCUACGGCACCGGCGGAGCUAGACGACUCAAACUUCGAAUGGACCUGUCCCAACACCCGCCUCCUUUUCCCUGACCCCGCCUACCCACGCAACCUUCGGGAGCCAAUCAGGAGUGCGGUGGACAAGAGUUGCCCCCGCCCCACACCCCCUCGCGAGCCAGGAGUGGGUCGUGCUCCGCUGAGAGCUCAGGACUUCAUGGCUAAUAGUCCGGAGCACCUGGAGCUCCUGAAGAGGAUGGGGGUCACGCUGAUCCACCUGAAGGACGGCAGAGUGCAGCUAGUACAGCACGCCGCACAGGCGGUGAGUGCCGUAGCUGCCGAGGACGGCAUGCGCUUCAUGCAGGAGAUGAUGGAGCUCUCCAGCCAGCAGCAGAAAGAGCAGCUCCCCCCCCGCGCCGUACAGAUCAUCUCGCACCCCUUUUUCGGCAGAGUGGUACUGACCGCCGGUCCUGCGCAGUUCGGACUGGACCUUUCCAAGAGCAACUUGGGGGUGCGCGGUUUCGUGACGCUGGCCGAGCCUUACUCCGGCUGCGCGGAUUUGAGCAACGCCGAGUUCGUGGCCGGCCGUAUCGCUCUGCUGCAGAGGGGACAGUGCAUGUUCGCCGAGAAAGCCAGAAACAUUCAAAAGGCUGGAGCUAUCGGAGGAAUCGUCAUCGACGAUAACGAGGGCAGUAGCAGCGACACGGCGCCGCUCUUCCAGAUGGCAGGAGACGGCCGGAGCACCGGUGAAGUCACUCUGCCGCUCCUCUUCCUGUUCCAUAAGGAAGGGAACAUCCUGCUGGAGGCCCUGAAGGAGCACAGGGAGGUGGAGGUGCUGCUCAGCGAGAAGGCGCGAGACAGAGAAGCCAUAUUUAAGGGAAAAGCCCUGCCGGGUGCCCUGUUGGAUGGCAGUGCAGACGAAGCGGAGGAAGGGGAGGAGGAGGGCUGCUGCGAGGAGGACCACGAUCACCCCGCCCCCUCAUCAACACCUGACCAAUCACAAUCCACCACUCAGGACCAAGAGGUAGCGGGUGAGGAGGCGGGAAGGGUGGAGGAGGGGCUUAGCAACGACGUACCUCUGACCACGGAGGAGGAGGCUGUAGAGGACGAGGAUCCUAACGACCAAUCGAUGGACUCGUUGAUGGCCGAUUGGCAGGAGGACUUGGAGGCGUUUAAACAGAUGGAGAAGGACGAACUUUGACCUCGGACUCCAGGGACGGGUCGCAGAACAGAGCCAUAAUUAUUUAAAGGAAAAACAAAGCCGCAUUGGUGACACACCUGGCGCGCAGGACGGAAGACGAAGGCGUCAUUCUCAGGUGCUUUUUCGGGAGCAGGAAUGCUCACCUGUGCAAACGUACCGUCUUUAACCUCCACCUGUAACCAAACUUGAGACCAAACCGUCUCGUCUCGUCUCCUCCCGUCUCGUCUAGUCUUAUUGUACGUCUUCCUUCUUCCAAAUCCGUUUAUUAAUCCCUGGGGUUGAGUGACUGGUGUCGAUUUUAAGUGAUUUGCAGACUGAUCGGUGACAAAUGAGGGGGGUGGGGUGGGGGGCGGGGUUUACACGGCUGUUACGAUUAAAAAUCAAAAGAUCGCACGAACUCUUCGGAAUGAUUCGACUGUAUGUAUAUACGUAUUUGAUGUCUGUCGUUUCUGGAACAUAAGACUCAAACUCUUUAGCUCCGAGUUUUGCUUCUCGUCAGACUUACCUGUAAAGGAACGGUUCAUCGUCCACCUCGGCGCCCGACCCACGAAUUAGCACGUGCGUAUCGUGCAUGAACACGCGUCACGAAAGUACCGACUGGACGCAUGCGAAACGGAACUAAAAUAAAGCUGAUGCUUUUCUAGAACACGAUAUACGCCUUGUCGGAUAUUAAGUAUUGGAGUGAAAUAUUUUAACCGUAAGCUGAUCCUGAUCCUAAUAUCCAAGCUCUUCGCUGACGCCAUAUAGACUCGCGGAUGUGUUUUAGAACACCUGUAAUCCAUAAAAUGAGCAAAACGUCACCGCGGAGCUGGACGCCGGGAACUCGUAGUGAGAUUUUGCGUCGUUUUCGAUCCUAGCCGAAAGCCUGAAGCCAAAAUUUGUAACUACCGUUUAUGCUUGUUCUUGCAGAAACGUUUAUUUGUGAAGAUUUGUUAUGGUUUUUUUUUUUUUUUUACACGGGGGGGCGGGGAUUCCGUUCACAGCUGCUUGUCUAACACUAAUUAUAUUUGUGCUGAGGUGAAAAAUGUUCGAUUUCAUAUUUCGGUGAACCGUUCCUUAAAUACUCCAUUUAACUUUUAACGCCGCAGCUUGUGUGUGUGUGUGUGUGUUCUGUGUAUUUUUGCGUUUGUGCGAGCCAGUAAGACAAAAGAUCAACCCCAGUUGUCGACUCAGCUGCUAACUUGGGAAGAAGCGUCUAAGGACCAGGUCCUGUGUUUUGUCUUGAGCAUUAAUCAGCCCUAGUGUGUGUGUGUGUGUGUGUGUGUGUGUGAGUGUGUGUGUGUGUGUGUGUGUGUUUCCUGGAGAGUAAAAGGCACAAACUGAAAAGAAACGCAACCCUUCUUUCGCCUGACCCCGUCGAACACACCUUCGUCCUCCAGGGGGCGCCAUUUUCACACCACACACUGACUGACCAGAAGAACCCAGGAGCAGAAUACAGAACAUCAUAAACUGGAUAAUAAAAACAAACAAACAAAAAAAAACCGACAACAAAUGACGGUUUCACACUUUUUAAAACGAGACGAUAUGAAGAAAUUUGUAUGAAAAGGUGGAAAUCCGUGCACUGUGUGCAAUAAAUGGUACAGGCAUGUUUGAUUUUAAAGGA